UUACUUUGCAAUGGCAAAUACGUUUGACCCGUUAUUUAGAAUUAUUACGGAUGCAAGCAACCGGACCUUGCGUACUUAUGAAGUUUGGUUGGUAAAAGUGGGAAAUGAAUUCCAAUUUGUUGAUGGUUGGAAAUAUUUCAUACGAGCGGAGGACAUUCGUGGGUACUGCAUUUUGUAUUUCGAGCGCAAAAGUCUAUAUGACUUUGUAUGUUCACUUGUAAUUCCAUUGAACGACCUCCGCAAUAUCGCUUCUUUGUGGGUAUCAAGAAAACGCACGUACAACGGGAGCGUUUGGUACGUUUCACAAUUUACUUCAAAUAAGGCCAUUCCUAUGAGUUCUUGGAGGGAACGUAUCCACGACCAAAUUAAUGAUACUAGCCGAGCAAUCUUGAUGUGUAAAAGGGGUAGAUACAAUGUUCCA